AUGGGUGAAAGGAAAGUCUUAAAUAAAUAUUAUCCUCCAGAUUUCGAUCCAAGUAAAAUACCCAGAUUAAGAUUACCUAGAGAUCGUCAAUAUACUGUUCGUUUGAUGGCUCCUUUCAAUAUGAGGUGUACGACAUGUGGUGAAUAUAUCUAUAAAGGCAAAAAAUUCAAUGCUAGGAAGGAAACUGUGCAAAAUGAAGAGUACUUAGGGAUUAAGAUAUUCCGAUUUUAUAUAAAAUGUACCCGAUGCCUUGCCGAAAUCACUUUUAAGACAGAUCCACAGAAUACCGACUACGAAUGUGAACAUGGAGCAACGCGCAAUUUUCAAGCACAAAAAUUUGCAGAAGAAGAGGAAGAACUUAAAAAGCAACAAAGAGAAGAAGAGGAAAUGAAUAAUCCAAUGAAGGUUAUUUUACCUAUCUUUGUUAAGAAGACUCAAACUUCGAUAUAA